AUGACGUACAAACGCAAACGAUCCGACGACAUGCAGUUCUUUGACUUUGAAUACAAUGGCUCUGACAAUCAUGAUGCUUCCAUCAAACAGCUUGACGAGUUGUUGCAACCACAACAACAACAUCACUCCGACUGCAAAACACUGCGAAACUUUGUCAUUCAGGAACCCAACUGGACGGAGUCCUUAUUGACACGUUUUGUAAACGUCUUUCGCCAGUUUGCCGAACGAGGACAGCUGUGGGAUAGUUUGGAAAUCAUUCCAAGAGAAGGGUACCUCAGCAGCACUUCUCAUUAUUAUCUGCGUCCUCUCCUCUUUGCCGCCAACACGAUGAAUCUGUUUCGAGAGAUUGUCGUGUCCGCCCCGUUGAUUCCAGGUGGUGGAGGUGAUCAUGGUGCUGGCGAGGAUGGCAUGGUGGUCGAACACACCACCAGCAUACUCGCAGGUGCUCUGCUGAAUACACGAUUGGAAUCCCUGUCCAUUUCGUGUCCCUUGGAAAUCAUGGCCCAUGGCGAUUUCCAAGCCCUGUUGCAGCUUGUAGGAACUACUCGCACUCUGAACGAAUUGACACUGAAUGGACUUGCCAUUCGAUCGGAUAAAGUCGCCAAGGCUCUGGCCAAAAACAAGACCUUGCGCAAGGUCUCGCUGAAUGUAACGGCCAAUGACAUGGGACUCUCUUCCUUGAUUCAGGCCUUGCAUGAAUCGACAAAACUGGAAGAACUUUUGAUUCAGACCGACAAUCAGUUCGGACCACUGUGUUCCAAGGCAUUGCAAACACUGCUACUUCGCUCGAAAACACUCAAAUCACUGACCUUGCAAGACAAUAGUCCAUUUUGUCAGACAGAGGCUUCCCGAAAGCUCCACUUGAGCCAUUUAUUGGAUGGUCUCAAAGGCAGUCGGUCCAUUGAGUAUCUUUCCAUGAAGAAUCUCUUUUUGGAAGAAGACGAAGAGGAUAGUAUGAUUCUAUCCAAGAUGUUCCCAGUAUUGAACAACAGUUCUAACAGUCUGAAAGGUCUCGAGCUACUGACGAGAACUAGGAUUACCCAACAAGAUUUGGAACAAGUGACCAACAUGCCACGUCUUCAGAAACCCUUGCGGCUGAACCUGGAUCGACGCCUCUUGUUGGAUCACACGACUGCCUUUUUCGAUAUGCUGCAAGCGCACCCCGAGAUUCGACGACCCUGGCCACGAAACGUUGUGGCUGAAACAAUAGAAGGGUUCCACCUACAACAUGUCUGGGAAUUGAAUUAUCAUGGUCGGGCCUUGUUGCUGCCACAAUUGAAUCGUCAUGACGAUGAUAACUGUUCUUCUAUACCGUUGUCCCUAUGGCCAACGGUACUGGAAAAGGCCAAUGACAAAUCAAAUGUCCUGUUUACAUUUUUAAAAGGGCCAGCCUUUGCUGGAUCCCAAAACUGUCAAUGA